AUGGGCGCUCGGGGGGCGCGGCUCCCCUGGAAGCCGGAACAGGCUGAGCAGCCCCUGCGCUACCCUGCGGGCAGCGCUCCCCGCCUCUGGCCCAGCUCCUUCUCCCUCCUCCGAGGAUGCUCGGUGCUGCUCUCAGCUCGGCUGCUGGUCUGGUUCCAGAACCGGAGGGCCAAGUGGAGGAAGAGGGAGCGUUUUGGGCAGAUGCAGCAGGUUCGAACCCACUUCUCCACUGCCUACGAGCUGCCCCUCCUUACCCGGGCGGAGAACUAUGCCCAGAUUCAGAACCCAUCCUGGCUCGGCAACAAUGGGGCUGCCUCGCCAGUGCCAGCCUGUGUGGUCCCCUGCGACCCGGUGCCCGCCUGCAUGUCCCCCCACACCCACCCCCCGGGCUCCGGGGCCAGCGGCGUCACCGACUUCCUGAGCGUCUCCGGGGCAGGCGGCCACGUGGGCCAGACACACAUGGGAGGCCUGUUCGGAGCAGCGGGCCUCAGCCCGGGCCUCAACGGCUACGAGCUCAACGGCGAGCCGGACCGCAAGACCUCGAGCAUCGCGGCCCUGCGCAUGAAGGCCAAGGAGCACAGUGCGGCCAUCUCCUGGGCCACAUGA